AUGUUCCCCAAAGGCAUACAAUUUGCUAAUAAACCUUGGAAGUGUGUAGUUGAGCUACUUCACCAGCUUCUUAAUAAAAAUAAUAUAUACACAGGUGUUCAUGAUGUACGGAGUAUGACAAAGUUAUGGGAAGAUUUUAUUACGGAUGUGAAACCUAGAAUGGCGCAACCGUUAACCGCGUACAAAUUGAUGCGGGAAUUUUUAGAUACACAUUUUGUCGAGGCAAAUAUUGACUUUCAUACCUGUUUAUCCUCCCUCUUAUCAGCAAAUUUAUUUAUACGAUAUAGUGAAUUGAAUACGUAUACUCUGGGAUUAUUAAUUUCGACUAUCAAGGAGAAGUGUGAUCAUGUUGUAACUCGACGGCUUUUCUCGCAUUUCUAUGAACCUAUCCUAUCUUUGAAGUUAAAUAUUUCAGAGGAUGGCACAUAUUCGAUUUCUCAAAUGGAACUUGUUAAUCGACUUGAACAGUUAACUAGCUAUUGGGUAACGUAUUUAUCUAGCGACUUUCCCUGUAAUGUGUCCAAAUUCGACCCAGCUCAUUUUUUAUUCGAUUGGAUUAGAUUGGCAUAUUGUUUGAUUGUCAGUGGCAUAGUCUAUAAACGGAUAGAUUAUUUCAAUGUUGGAGUGCGAUUUUUAGUUGUAAUAAAAUCAAAGAAUGUGCAACAAUAUGACAUUUUUAUAAAAUAUCUUAUUGACGAAUUAUGGAAUUCAUUGUCAAGUAUAUAUCUCCGAGCAACAGACUUUUCCUCAAAACCACUUUUAUCUGGUAGUGAAGAUUCGUCCAAUUGUGUAAACAUCAGCUCUUAUAUUCAGAGUUCUACAGAUCAAGAUCUUGUUGACUCUUAUUAUCAGGAAUUUGGCGUACUUUUAAAACUCUCUCGUUUAACUUCUAAUUUAAAUUGUUCAACCAAACUUGCAAUUCAAGAUCAAACUCUUGAUAAACUGACUUGUCUCAUUUUUGACCAUCUAGCAACUCUUUGUUUUUAUCAAAGUGGUAUCACUGUAUAUAACCAUCCAUUCGUUUACCAUGCUUUAUUCAGUGAAGAACAAUCAAUAUCUGUAAAUAAUUGGUCCGAGUUUUUGCUGAAGCCUUUGGCAAAUUUUACAUAA